AUGUCAUCAUCAUCAUCAUCCGAUGAAAUCGAUGAAAGAUUGGACGAGGUUCUCGAUGAAAUCGUCGAGGAUGCAUAUAAUGACAUAGUGGAGGCCCAACCGAAUAUGCAAAACACACGGGGUUAUAUUGAACGAGACCGUGAAGGGGGACACACCCGUUUAGUUAAUGACUACUUCAGAGAGAAUGCGACAUACUCGGCACAAUUCAGACGACGUUUCCGCAUGAAUAAGGGUUUAUUCAUGCGUAUUGUCCUUGCCCUCCAGGAGAACUUUGUAUUCUUUCAACAAAGACAAGAUGCAACCGGGAGGUUAGGUCAUUCUCCGCUACAAAAAUGUACGGCGGCUAUUCGACUGCUUGCUUAUGGUACUGGGGCUGACACGGUAGAUGAAUAUCUCCGACUAGCUGAGACCUCAGCACUUUUGUGUUUACAUAAUUUCACUGACGGAAUUAUACAGUUAUUCGGAGACGAGUAUCUACGAGCACCCACACCGGAUGAUCUUCAACGACUACUCGACAUUGGAGAGAAACGAGGGUUUCCUGGGAUGAUCGGGAGCAUCGACUGUAUGCAUUGGGAGUGGAAAAAUUGCCCGACCGCUUGGAAAGGACAGUACGCCCGUGGAUCAGGAAAACCGACAAUUGUCUUAGAGGCUGUAGCUUCCCAAGAUCUUUGGAUCUGGCACGCGUUUUUUGGACCUCCAGGUACCUUAAACGAUAUUAAUGUCCUCGAUCGAUCUCCUCUUUUUGAUGACAUUUUAGAAGGUCGAGCUCCGCGGGUAAAGUACAUGGUCAACGGACACAUGUAUAAGUUGGCGUACUAUCUCACAGACGGUAUAUAUCCAAAAUGGUCAACCUUUAUCCAAUCCAUCUCACUCCCUCAAUCACCAAAACAAGAGUUAUUUGCUAAACAUCAAGAAGCAACCCGAAAAGAUGUGGAGCGGGCUUUUGGAGUAUUACAAGCGCGAUUUGCGAUUGUGAGAAACCCGGCUCUUACGUUGGACAAAGCAAAGAUAGGGAAGAUUAUGAGAGCGUGUAUCAUACUACACAACAUGAUAGUCGAAGAUGAACGGGAUGGAUACAUUCGUUAUGAUAUAUCUGAAUUUGAAGAAGGUGACGUCAUGAGAAGUUCACAGGUGGAAACCGAGAUUCCUACAAUUCUCAAUAAUAUUUUUCCCAGUCGGAAUGAUGUUCGAGAUAGGAGAAUACAUGACCAUCUGAAAAAUGAUUUAGUCGAGCAUAUUUGGAACAAAUUUGGUGACGAGGAUUAAAAAUCCUUCUAUCUUUAUGUUUAAUUAUUGUAUUUUUAAAAAAUUCCUUGUUAUGUUUAAUUAUUGUAUCUUAAUGUUUAAUUAAUGUAUCUUUAUGUUUAAUUUGUG